AAACUUUGGGGCUUUAACCCGGAAAUCCAUCACUGAGACCAUGAUGUGAGGCGAUUAAAAAAAAAUCGGAAAAAGGGAGACGGAGAGCUGUUCUGCAAAGACAAAGGAGAGAAGAGAGGGAAAGGAGAAAAGGAGGAAGAGAGGAGAGAAAAGAAAAAAGACCGUGACCUACUUUAAUUUUGGGUUAGGAGAAUCGACUCCCUUCGGAUUGAUUUUUGCAUAACCUAGAUAAUUAGAGAGGACGAAGACGUUUGGAGCUUGGAAAAUUGUUGGUCAGAGCAUUCAGCUUUUUGGGGUGAACCAAGCUCACUUUGAAGUAAAGUUGCAAUCACAAAGUUUAUUUGUAUCGUUCUUUUCUUAUCAACUAAACUACCUGCAAAAUCAAAUGAAAGAAUUUGGGAGCCCUUGAAACAAACCGUGGAGAUCACAGAAGACCAAAUUGCAUUCUAUUGUAGGUGAAGGAGGAAUAAGAGGUGUUUGAAGUGGAGAGAGGAAUGGAUGAUCUCUACAUAUGGCUGGUGUCAUUCUUCUUUCUUAUUACUCUUCUCAUCCUCAUCGUUUACCAGCUCAUGUGCUUAGCAGAUCUAGAGUUUGAUUAUAUCAACCCAUAUGACUCCUCAUCUCGGAUAAACCAAGUGGUUUUACCAGAAUUUAUCAUGCAAGGGGUUUUGUGUGUCUUCUUUCUCAUAACAGGCCAUUGGGUUAUGACACUGUUGUUUGCUCCAUACCUAUACUAUAAUGUGAGACUUUACACAAGAAGACAGCACCUGGUGGAUGUAACUGAGAUAUUCAACUUGCUCCAUUGGGAAAAGAAACAACGGCUUUUCAAACUUGCAUAUCUUAUUGUUCUCCUCUUUCUUAACAUAUUCUGGAUGAUCUGGUGUGCAUUGGAAGAUCAUGAUCAUUGAUCGAGGACAAUUGUUUUCAUUAGGUUAUCUUGUAUGAUUGGAAUAUGAAGUCUCAUUUUAGCAUAGGGCUUGAUGUAACCAAUAUUUAAGCCUGGUGCUCAACUUUGGAAUCUUUUGUUGAUUCAUUUGGUUGAGGCUUUAAACACUCUCCCAACCUUAAAAGUUGAGGCUUUACAGCAACUUCUGAGUUGUUCGAGCAGGAAGCUUUUUUCUUUCUUUUUAGCCGUUAAAAUAUUAUGUGGCGUUUAACACCUUGCAAAUCAUUAUUGUUGUAAUCUUUGAUACAAUCUUGUUUUGAAAGGCUCAGUUUGAGUCUAAAUUUGUUAAUGAUGGAACUAGUUUGGCUUAGUAAAAAUGUGUACCAUCUAAUAAAGCUCUCUUUAAUGAAU